GGGCGGGCAGAGCGCGGCGCAAUGGAGCUGUGGCCGUCCCGGAGCCUGGCGCUGCUGCUGCUGUGCGCCGCCGGGGCGCUGCUCCUGCUGCCCGCCGGGGAGCCCGGGAGCUGGGGCCGGGCGCUGCCCCCGCUGCUGCUGCUGCUGGCCGGGGGCGCCGCCCUGCUCCGCCUGUGCGCCCGGCCCCUGGCCCUGCGGCGCGCCCCGGAGCGCGUGGGCUACCUCCCCGAGCGGGGCUGCAGCCGCCGCCAGGCCGCCCGCCGGGCGCGCCGGAGCCGCAGGGCCGGGGACCUGCCGCCCCUCUACCCCAACGGCUGGUUCCGGCUGCUGGACUCGCACGGGCUGCCCCGCGGCGGGGUGCGCAGCCUGGCGGCGCUGGGGGAACAGGUUGCUGUAUUCCGUGCUCUGGAUGGACAAGUGUAUGUAGUCGAUGCCUACUGCCCACACCUGGGUGCGAACCUUGCUGCUGGUGGCCGCGUGGUGGGUAACUGUAUUGAGUGCCCAUUCCACGGGUGGCAGUUUCGGGGAGAAGAUGGAAAAUGCACUACAAUCCCAUAUGCUGAAAAAGUGCCAGACUUUGCAAAGAUUAAAACAUGGCCCUCCUGUGAAGUAAACGGAAUGAUACUUGUCUGGUAUCACUGUGAUGGUGUCGAUCCAGUGUGGACUGUCCCAGAGCAGGAAGAGAUCACCUCCAAGGAGUGGGUGUAUCGUGGCCACACAGAACAUUUUGUCAAUGCUCACAUUCAGGAAAUCCCUGAAAAUGCUGCAGAUUUUGCUCAUCUAUCUUUUCUGCAUGAACCAGUUUUUAUGAGUGGAGUUGACCUGAGAUUCACACACUCCAAGCUGUGGGAGUCUAUGAAGCACUGCUGGAAGGGUGAAUGGCAGCCCGAGCCAGAACCCAACAAGCACUGUUCCCUGUUAAUGGUUAAACACAGUCUAACAGUGUUUGGAAAGCACUUCUCCUGGAUGGAUUUCGCAGUUCGAGCCAGACAGGUGGGGCCGGGGCUGGUCUACCUGACCUUUGAACAUGCUUUCCUGGGCCGUGGGAUCAUUCUGCAGAGCGUGACGCCGGUGGAGCCGCUCCUGCAGCACGUUGUCCAUAGGAUCUAUUACCAGCGAAACAUGCCGGCGGUGAUCCCCAAAUUCAUUCUGAAGGUGGAGUGUGUUCAGUUUGAACGUGAUAUCAUGAUCUGGAACAACAAGCAAUAUCUGUCUAAACCACUGCUGGUAAAAGAAGAUUCCGCGAUCCAAAGGCACAGACGCUGGUUUGCUCAAUUCUACAGUGAGAACAGCACUAGAUUCACUUUCCAAAAGGGUGGCGUGGACUGGUGACGUCCAUGUGCUCAAAAGACGUCAAAUGGCUGCAUCCCUUUCUCGCCCAUGAGAAGGGCAGUCAAGCGCAUAGCAAGUUAAUCAAGCUGCAUUUCUGGAUUUUCAGUGGCCCAGUUGGGCGAAUCUGCAGUACAAGUAAAACUCUCUAGUUCAAUACUUCUAGCUGGCCAAGCGUAGUGUCUGUCAUAUAAGGCUGGGCAAAUCUAGUAAGUGUUGUGUAGGCUUUGCGGUCAUAACUGAGCUGUAGUACUGGGUGCCCCCCAUCUCCAGUGGGAAAACGAGACUGACAGAAUCCCCUCAAGAAAUCGUCUAUGCUUUGCAGGUUUUGUUACUCAGGGACAAUUGCAUGAAACCCCGAUCCUUAGUGCUGCAGGGCUCACAUGCUCCUAUUCUCUAAAGCGGUCAUUUGACAUCUGUUCCUCCGCCCCACAACACGUCACGAUGGCAAACCUGGAUUGUUACCAUGGAUGAGGAAUAGGCAGGGUCACUCUAAGGAGCAGAUGGUCUGUUCUCUUGCUAAUGUACUUAGAAACUCGCAAGGGAGCAACAGCAGUGGUCAGGGCUGGCUAUCGAUGGUCCCUGAUGGAUUUCUACCGGAGUUUUACCAAGGAGUUUAUCAGCUCCUGAACAGAUCUUAAUGGGCACACAGCAGCUAAUGAAGAUGGGAAGUAAUUUUCCUGAUUGUCUUACAAUGUAAGAAUGUAAAAACCAAACUUUUUGUGCAAAGAUUAGUUCCUCAUGGAGUAAUGUGUAUGUGGAUAGUAACAACGGACUGAACACCAGCAAGGACGUGUUUAGAAAGCGAUGUCCUCAUCUGGGGCAAGUGCAGAGAGUGCUGCCAUACUGUGCAAUCAGCAUUGAGUAUGUGUAUGAAAACUGAUCUCUGCUGGUCUGGCUAAAAACUGCUCUAAUUUCCAUUGUGCUUUGUUCCUAAGGAUACGUCUAUACUUACUUCCUGGUCCGGAUGUAAGCGAUCGAGCUUCUGGGAUCGAUUUAUCGUGUCUUGUCUAGACGCGAUAAAUCGAUCCCGGAUCCCAGAAGUGCUAGUAUAAAUAGAUGGACCAACUUCUGCCUUGACUUACAACCUCUAGACUCCUGUUUGCUCCAGGUAAGUCAGGGCAGAAUUUGGUGAUCAGACUGUAAUGUAGUUACUCUGUGCUCAUAGCCAUCAAAAACCACCGUACAGCGCACAGAACUGGUGGGAGCUUCCAAGCUAGGCCGCACCGUGCUGGAGCUGAUUGACGUCGUCUGCUAUCCAGAUGGCUUGUGCCAAACAAAAGAAGGGGAUUACAAAGCAUUCUGCGAACCUGCCCGCGUGUAUCUUGUAAAUUCUGCACUUUACUGAGCCUUUUGUUUUUGCACUGAACCAUAAAACAAUGUUAACCAGUGAGCCAGAGGCCUUUCCUUCCCAGGAGUUUCUCUAGUCCCACACUUGUUACUGUGUGAACUGCUUAAACUAGUCCCUUAAUGUCAUAGUCUCGAGGGGGUUGUGUGGUCCAUUGGGGGGAGUGGCUCCUCUCCUUCCGGGUCUGUGGGCGGCCAAUCCGCCCCAGUACAGGUAGUAUUUACUUCAUUGUCUGCGAUGGGGGCUACAGCCAUAGAAUCGCCAUGGCAUGGGGUCGCUCAUCACCUAAAUGCUGAAGCAGGCCUGUACUACAUGGCAUAGCAACGUCAAGUCGGCUAGUUAACCCCGGCAAAUGUCUGGCUCUCUGGUGUGACUGAGCUUGUACUAAUAGGGAUGGGUGCCACAAAGGGGUUAUAAGAAUUAAAUACGUCUUGGAAGAAUUACUUCUGGGUGGUACCAGGAGCAGGCUAAUUGUAGGGGGCUGAGUUCUUCUUUGGCUCACACAUCACCCAGAGAAGUGUUCACAAGUGGCACCAGUUUCAUCUCGUUGGUGAAAAUUCUUUCUACAACGUGAAAUGGGCUUUUGUUUUGAUCCUUGCCUUUACUGGUAGACUCUUUAUAGUUACUAUUUUUAUAUUACAAAGGUUUCAUAAAAAUGUAUAGAAUAAAAAUAUACAAAGUG